UGGAUAUGCGAGGCGCACUUAAUACCUGCCAUCAUCCUUGCCGUCGACGACGUCGUCGUCACCGUCUUAAUAGUGUUACAAUAGCGAGACGAGAGUGAGCCAACAAGGAGGAGGUUCGGUGGAGCUUAACGCCUCGCCGGGCCACUAGUUGAAAUUCUGUUCUCGCGCGAAUCGGUCGCCGGUCUUGCGGUUCCUCCACGGGCGCCGCGCAUAAGUUUAGUUCGGCGGGUCUGCUGCGAUCGCGACGAGUUCGCGCGCAUAUUUCAACGCACACGUUGCGUCUGGGUGGUGAUUUUGGAAACGGCUUCAAAUUUUGAACGUUGGGGUUGUUGGGUUGUGUAUUUUUUUCUGAGGAGAAAAAUCGGUGAUUCGCAAUCGGUUGCACAUGGGUGGUUUUCGGUCAAGUGGAACAAUUUAGUGCGAUGAUAAUUUAGACGGUUGAAUCGACGGAAUUGGGAUUUUUUUGUGAGAUACAGUGAAGAAAGGGAUUCCCAAGCUUUGUGCAUCAGUUGAAAACUCGAAUUCGUUGAAUUCUCGAAAGCAACUUUCAUCAAAAUGGGGAAACCGAGCAAUGGCAACAUCGAAACUGGCAAACUAACCAAGGAUCCGCUGGUGGACGGCGACUGCAAAAACGGCGUCGACGGUGGCGUUGGGACCAACGGGGAGGAAGUCGCCCUGGCGAUGACCACCCUCGGGCAGAUCAAGGCCGCCUCGAGGAAACCGGGCCACUGCUUGGACCUGGCCGAGUCCGACCAGCGGGAAACAUGGUCCGGCAAGGUGGACUUUCUGCUCUCGGUCAUCGGGUUCGCCGUGGAUCUGGCCAACGUGUGGCGCUUUCCGUACCUGUGCUACAAGAAUGGUGGCGGCGCUUUCCUUGUUCCUUACUGUGUGAUGCUGUUGGUCGGCGGGAUUCCUCUCUUCUACAUGGAACUGGCGCUGGGUCAGUUCAACCGGAAAGGUGCCAUCACCUGCUGGGGUCGUCUAGUUCCUCUUUUCAAAGGUAUCGGCUACGCGGUCGUCCUGAUCGCAUUCUACGUCGACUUCUACUACAACGUGAUCAUCGCUUGGUCGCUGAGGUUCUUCUUCGCCUCGUUCACCAGUCACCUGCCUUGGACGUUGUGUGACAACGCGUGGAACACGAUCCUUUGCAAACCGUUCGAGUUCGGUGGUCCCAACAAGACCGCCGCAGCGACGGUGGCGUCGACGGUGGCCUCGAUGAAUGGAACCGUGGUCAACACAACCAUCGCGUUGUCCAACGAAACGGUUAAGUUUGCCUCGGCGGCGUCGGAGUACUUCAAUCGUUACAUCCUGGAGCUGGACAAAAGCGCCGGUAUCCACGACUUGGGCACCAUCAAGUGGGACAUGGCACUGUGUCUACUGGCCGUUUACCUUAUCUGUUACUUCUCGUUGUGGAAGGGAAUCAGUACUUCCGGAAAAGUGGUAUGGUUCACUGCCCUCUUUCCAUACGCGGUGCUGUUGAUCCUGCUGGUUCGUGGUAUUACUUUGCCGGGGUCGGCAGAUGGCAUCAAGUACUAUCUGAGCCCCCGGUUCGAUAUGAUUGAGAAACCGGAAGUGUGGGUUGAUGCUGCUACCCAAGUAUUUUUCUCGUUGGGACCGGGUUUUGGUGUUCUGCUGGCAUAUGCUUCCUACAACAAAUACCACAAUAACGUUUACAAAGAUGCCAUAUUGACCAGUUUUAUCAACUCAGCCACUAGCUUCGUAGCAGGAUUUGUGAUCUUUUCGGUGCUGGGUUACAUGGCGCACGCCAGUGGGCAGGACAUCGAGGACGUUGCCACGGAAGGACCCGGAUUGGUGUUUGUGGUGUAUCCCGCUGCGAUCGCCACCAUGCCCGGUAGCACCUUUUGGGCGUUGAUUUUCUUUAUGAUGUUGUUGACACUAGGAUUGGAUAGUUCUUUUGGUGGAUCGGAAGCAAUCAUCACUGCGCUGAGUGAUGAGUUCCCGAAGAUUGGACGCAAUCGGGAGAUCUUUGUGGCCGGUCUGUUUACGCUGUACUUCUUUGUGGGCCUGGCUAGCUGUACGCAGGGAGGUUUCUAUUUCUUCCAGCUGUUGGAUCGGUAUGCAGCGGGAUAUUCGAUACUGAUUGCAGUGCUCUUUGAGGCGAUUGCGGUUUCGUGGAUAUAUGGCACGAAACGCUUCUGCGACGACAUCCGGGACAUGAUCGGUUUCGCCCCGGGCAUCUACUGGCGCGUGUGCUGGAAGUUCGUCGCCCCGCUGUUCCUCCUGUUCAUCAUCAUCUACGGUCUGAUCGGAUACGAACCGCUGAGCUACGAGGACUACAUCUACCCGACGUGGGCCAACGUUUUGGGGUGGUGCAUAGCCGGCUCCUCCAUGAUCAUGAUCCCACUGAUGGCGUUCUACAAACUGCUCGUCACACCGGGGUCAUUCCGACAGCGAUUAGUGAUCCUGACGACGCCGUGGCGCGACCAGCAGAUGUCGGUCAACGGGGUGAUGGUCGAACCUGCGCAGGUUCGGCUGACCAACUCGGACGAAGGCGAAGAGGUUUGAGUGUGAUCGUUCUCGCUCAAGUUCGACAUCUAUUUCGUUUGAUUCGGUGGGAGAGGAGAUUUUUCUCGAAUUUGUUUUUGUGACAACUUAGGAUAUGUAUGAAAAUUUGCACGCCUCCAGUUUGUGUGGGCUAUAAUUCACAGAAUUUUUACUUAGGAUUGUAUGACAAUUUCUCGUUAGGUAAAAAGUAAGAUAAUUCAAAAAACAGGUAAACAUGUCCAUAAGCACUCGUAGAGUGCGACAUUCGGGAUCAGCGAAACGCUAUUAAAACAUAUUUUGUUUUUCGGUGGUAGGUUUUAAGGGCAAUCAUCGAAAUCAAAAACACACACUCAAAAUGCUGUAUAGAUAAUAUGUAGAUCCACGUGAUUUCACAGACCGCACGCGGGAGGUAAACAACAAGCGAAUCGAUUCAUAUUUGUGAGCGGGGUCCCUCGUCUAACCGGGGGGCUUGCUUCUUGGCGGGAUGUCUACACAAUUGUACAUAAAUCCGCGCUGUAGCCCGCCGAAAAGCGACUAAAGUUAGGAGAUUUUUAUAUUUUGAUUGAUUUAUAGUUUGGCUUCCCGUUGAGAAUGGGGAAGCGUGUCGUAACACAUUGUUACCAGUUUUUAAACUGUGGCCGUUGAUGAUAGAAAUAUUAUUGAUUAGGAAAAAUAAUCGCCGCAACGAGCGAGUAAUGUUGAAACAUAACCUUAGACCAAAAUGGCGAGGUUUGUGUCCAGGAUAUAACUGUUAUAAAGUGUGAAAGCAUUCGCUGCUUUCGUUAUGGCUUCUGCUGUCGCUCUCUAUCUGUAUAGCUUUCUUUAUGGUUUGAGCAUGUUUUCUUUUGUCUCGUUGCAAGCAAAGCGUUCGAAUGGAGAGCAAGUCGCUAUUUGUGAGGAAAGCUCCCAGGCCCGGGCGAAGCUGAACAGCCAUGAAGCUCUGUUCGGGAUAAGGCGCGACCAUAUGAAGGUGAAUUGUACCUCGUUCGAAUUUGCUCAAUGCAUCGGGUGCUUGAUUUCCACAUGUCUAGGAGAGCUGUUUUUGCAAGAAUACAGUUAAAAGUUAACUAAAUUGAAUAGAAAUAGGAUACGCCAGAACACGCUGAAAGAUAUUUAUUAGAAAAUAGCGAUUUACUCUAGGAAAAAGCUUUUCAUGGACAUUUUAGGUAAAACAAAUAAACAAAAUGAUUUCAAGUAGUAAAAAUCCAGAGCGAUUAAGAAAAUUAAAAACUAGCAACGGAAAAUCUGCAAGAAAGUGGAAUUCUCAUGUGAAACCGGUGUUUGAUAAUUAAGCUGCAAUGUUAUUCACACUUCUAUAGGGCUCGUUGUUGUGAAAUAAACUAUAGAAAAACUGUACUUUCCACAGUGGAAAGCUUUAAAACAAUUGUAACACCAACAACUUUAUUAAGGAGGGAUAUGGAUUGGAUUUUACGAACUUUUGAUUGGAUAAGAUAUUUGGGUUGGAUUUGUGGUACAAAUAAGCCGUAAUAUGUUGCACGAUAUCAAAAUGUCUUCCAUACAGCCAUUGGAAGUCAUUAAAAAAAACAAGAUGUGAUUUCUUAAAUUUGAUUCACGAUCAAUGUUUAGAUAAAAUCAAGUUAAAUUAAAUUGAAACACAAUAUUAUCGUUCUUUGAGUUUAACCAAGCAACCAAGGUCACUAGAGAAAUCAUCAAUAUUAGUUAUGAUGAUAUCGUUCUAAAACAUGCAGUCUUUCUGAUUCCAUGCUUUUAUCAAUUAUUAUUCAUCACCAAUCCUGUUUGUGACAGCCACUAGAACUCACGUUAAUCUUUUAUAAAGUCUUCCGACAUAUGCUUUUUUUUAUUUAUUUUUUUAUGUUUCUUCGGGUUUACAUUUGUUAUUUUGUUGUAUUUACCGGCUUGUCCUUUGUUUUUGUUCCUGUCCCUUUACUAGCAUUAUGAUUGAUUAUUAUGUUAGGAUAUGCAUUUGCAAUCCUUCUCGUCAGCCAUUGAGAAGGCUUGCAAAAACUAUCGCAUUCACUUUUUCAUGGUACGUGUAGUCAAUUACAAUUCUUUUUCAGCUCAUUCUAUACACAAAUCACAAGUUUUUUGUUUCGAUUGUUUUGAUUAUUACUUGGGCAGUCAUGAUAUGUAUAUAGUUUAUGCCACGUUUUCUAGAUAAUUCUGUAGUAAAUUUUUGAUCACAUUUUCAAGUUUGACCAAAUGACAUUCCCAUGUUUUUGAAUAAUUACUAGAAGUUCUGAAUUGAAUUGAAAAUAUGGAAGACGAAAAAAUGCGCUUGAUGACUAUUCUGGAGACGCUGAGGGUCUGGGAUCGAAUCCCAAUAAACUCACAAAAUAUGAAUCCUUCCUUCGGAAGGGAAGUAAAGCGUGAGCUUCGGGGAUGAACUAGCCUAGGGCUAAACAUCUCGUUAAUACAGAUAAAAACAGUUAUUCUGAAAAAAAAAAAAUCUCGGAGUCCUCAAAAAGUGCUUUCCUUCAAUUUUGGUUGGACGAUCGAUAAGUUUUGUUCCAAGCACGGCAAUAACCAAGGAUAAAUGUUUCGUAUUUUUAUUGUAUUUCAUGAAUUAUGAUAAGUACCUUAUCAACCUUUAAGCUUUCCACUAUCUUGUGCUCCAAAUCAGGAAUGCAUUAUCCAUUUUAUUUUUUUAUUUUUUUUAUUUUUUUUUGUCUGUAAUAACGAGAUUUUUAGCCCUAUGCUAGUUCAUCUCGGGACCCACGCUUUACUUCCCUUUCGAAGGAAGAACUCACUUUUUGCGAGUUUGUCGGAAGUGGGAUUCGAUCCCAGGUCCUCGGCGUGAUAGUCAAGGGUUCUAACCAUCACACCAGGUCCGCUCCACAUUAUCCAAUUAAGUUCUACAUAAAUCUGGAUAUUUUCAAUUUUUAAACGUUAAUGCACAAAACUAAAUAAAAACAAAAUAAAAAAGAAAAUUUUUCUGGUUCAAUAAUUAAUCCUUGGGUAUUGUAAAAAAGUCAUUUUCAAGAAUUUAUUCGGGAAAAACUCUGAAAGUGUUUGUGGAUUUUUCCUCUAAAAUCUCUAGAA